GAAACUUUUUAUUCAGUUUCCAAAAUGGCAGCGAAGAGUGGUGGUACUGUCGAUUGGCAGUCAAUAAUAAAACCAAUAUUAGCAGCAUCCUACGGUUCAUACAACAAAAAUGAAAUAAUAGAGCUGGUCAAGGCGAUCAUAAAAAGCGAAGCUGAGUUUGUUUCCCACGAAGAACAGUACGAAGCUUUUUAUGUGUCAUUCGCGGCCCUAGCUGCCGAUUACAUCAGUGGUUGUGCCAAUACUCUAUCGAAAAACCAAAUACCGACAGUAUGGCAAGCUUGCAGGGUAUUAUUGACAUACCUGGUAGGCAAACAGCCAGCGGAAGGGAGUUCAACAAUUCUGACUAUGAAACAGUUGCUCCUUCCUAUAAGAGCACUUUGCACAGGGCAAUUUUUGCUCACGGCAACAGAGGAGGUAGCGCUGAUCGCAAUAUUGAAAAAUGCCAAUGUACCGACGUGCAUCAAAGCAUCGCAGACAAGCGGGGAGAAAGAUUCACCGCCACAACCAAUAAAAGAACCAAAAAGAGCUAGAAGUGAUUUGUCAAGCUCUAUUUUGGAACAAUUGACUAUGCCUCUCCAAGAUUUUGCUCCUUCUUUUACACUCAGUGGAGAAAAUGCUCCGGAAGGAAACAAGACAACUUCGGAGAAUGCAGCGAGCAGUGAAAACUCAGAAACAAAAAUGAUGUUCAUAGCGAACAAUAUAAGCACCCUCCAGAGUAUGGGAGCCGGUGAUACACUCCUAGACAUGUGUUCGAACUUGCCUCACCUGUCGCGUUACAUGCGAAAAUACCAGGCAUAUAUGAACCGAAAGGGUUUCGUACUACCCGCGAAUCACGCAGAGGCGCAUAUAAUUCGUCAUAGUUUACAUUUUGUGGUAAACGAUAUAAAUAUCGUGCACAGCGUAGUAUCGCUUCCCGUUCUUGAGCCAUUGACACCGGCAAAACUCGAGAAAUUGUCACUUCUGACAAUGUCGUGUUUGUAUUGUUCAAUUGCAAACGCAACGGCCUCGAGUAUCGUAGGAGUUUCGAACGCUGUGUCGCCGAAAUGCAGCACCAACACAGCUAACACGACUCAAGGCAGCCAAAGCACAAAAAGUACCGAAGAAGAAUACGACUCUUUGGCCAUCACGGUGGUCGAAAAAAGUCUCGAGAUUUUUGGACUCGUUUCGAAUAUCAUCAAACAUAGCACCCGAGCCGGAGGACAUAUACUACAAAAUCACCUUUUGAUCGGCGUCUGGCUGCUCGUCGCCGGCCUUCAGGCUCAACUCACCGUCAGCAGCUUCAGUACUACUGACAAAGGCAAAGAUGAAAAAGGAAAAUCGCCCAGCAAGGCCCGAGACGGGACUGCUCGUGUGAAUCUCAUGAAAGUGCAACAAGGUUUUGGAGUGUUGUCAGUAGCUUUAGCCUCACAUGCUCUGACAUUGAUGAGCGCUCUUUUAGAAGACGUUUCGGUAGAGACUUGUCGAGAUCGUCCACCUCCACCGGAACCAGCGCCUCUCGAUAUUCACGCCACAGCGACUGCUCUUCAAAGGGCAAUGACGUUUUUCCAGGCUGCUCCUUUGAAUCAUCUGUUAUUUUAUCUGGCCACGAUUAGUUACAGAAAGGCAUGCACCUUGAAAAGAGUGCAAAAGCAUCCUUUAGAAGGAGACACCCUUAGUCAAUCAGAUUCAACAACUUACUACGAAGAUCUCUUAAGUUAUUCUGAGAGUUCGACCGACGAAGAACAAACUGUUAUGUCGGUAGAGGAGGACAGCGAGCCUAUUUUAGGCCUUUGGUUCGAAGAAACACUCUCACCGUCCGAAGGAUCACCGACUAAUACCACCAAGGAGACCAACAACGAGCCCAAGCCGGAGCGAGCCGCAACUACCAUUGUUCCUGACAAUCGAGAACCCCAUGGCUACAUCUCUCUUGCGACUCAGAUAUUUCAAUUUAUGAAUCAACACUUAAUCGGCAGCCGAAGUAGUUACGUUCGAGAAUACGUGAUAAACGGUCUGGUGGAACAACAAAUGGUCAUACUCGCUGCAAUCAUCAGGGAUCUUGAUCACGAAACUGCCAGAACCGAAACUGGAACCAUAUCGGUGUUUUAUGGCGCGACACUCGGAGCAAUGUAUUCUGAAUUCUCACAAGCUCUAAGUCGCUACACGCACAAUUUGCUCGCAAGGAAUACUCUAAGCGAAGCUCUUCAGAACACUUUGCUGCAUCAUCUCGGUGUGAGCCCUUGGUCGACCGAAAAUACGAGUCCAUCCUCUUGGCCACUUCAAGUGUAUCCGAGAACGCUCAGUGUUUUGGCUCAGAUUUUAUUGCUCAAACCGCAAUUGGAAAAAGAAGCUGCGUGCAUAAGUAUUUGGCACAGACUCGUAACGGUCAUGGUGGAAAAUGUUUGCAAUCCUCCAUUGACGUUCGAAGCAGAAAACGAAGAUUUGAAUGUCGAGCAUGCACAGCUCGUCCUGUUUCUUUUCCACUCUCUCAACCUCAUGCAGAAGAAAUCCGUGCUUUUGGUCACCGGCAGUGGAGCCGUUCGUUGCAGCGAAGCUGUUAAAGCCCCGAUGAAAGAUUCUCAAUUACUUCAUCUCUCUCGACUCUUACUUCUUCUCGAAUACAUGAUGAAACAUCUUUACGAUGCACCUCCUACGCUUCUCGAGCAGGUACAAUGGAAUUUGCUCUCAGCGACGAGCAUGAUAGCGGAUGCGAAGGAGGGAAACAAGCAAGCCUCAAGGAUUUACACUCCUUGGAAAGACAUCGAAGAUAAUUAUAGGAAGUUUGGUCCACCGGACGAAUUCUCGAUGAAGCCACGAUUUUACAAUCUAACAAACACAGAUUUCAACAAUCAAGAUACACCAAAAUUGGACGGUUUAGCUUGUAACUUUGUGCUUGGUACGCCCGACAAAAUGAAGUAUCCUCUGCUCGUCGACGCGUUGAUCGAUAUUCUGAACGUUUUGAACCAGACGAGCAUGCCGAGGAAACCAGGCUCGGAGAGCAAAGACAAAAUAACGUUUACAGGAUUGUGUGCAACGCAGUAUUGUUUUUCGAUAUGUUGGAGACUUCUGUUAAUGUUACCACCGUCAACGCCGUACAUGGACAAAUUGGCGCUCGGUGAGGAGAUUCCGGCGGGCCCUAUGUUGUUACAUUCUCUGAUUUGGGGUCCAAGAGCCGCUUACAAAGCUUUCAAUGGCUGGAUGAAGGAUUGUCUCGUCAAGCAAGGAAUGUACACUCAUUACGCUGAGAAUCUCUUAAAAACGGUAUCAUCGACCGUGAAUUCUCUCAAAUACGACGUAACCCUAACCAAAAAUUGUAUUAAAACAUUGAAACCGGAAUUGAAUCCGAACGACAAGAUAAUGCCGAAAUCAACUUUGCCGAAGCUGAGUUCUCUCUGUAUCCUCGCCGCGGUUAUCGGCAAACUUCAAGUUCUCCUGGACGAGAGCAUAUCGAAGAGUCCGACGGACAAUAUUGAAGCUUCCAAGAGUUCUCAGUCCCCUGAAACGAUAACAUCAAAUACGAACAAAAUGAUAGUCGACAUUCUGCCUCACAUAUUGUCGUUGACCGAAGCGAUAUUGGCCUCUUGUAGAUCGAGCGUUCUCUACCAAAUGCACGAGUCUCCGGAGCCCUCGGGCAAGUACACGCUUCGCGAUUACCUUGUUUUGGAUGGCAUAAUAUGCGUCGCUGGUGCGAAUCUCACUGUUGAAGGUUUGAUCGUUGCAUUGUUACCGAACAGCGUGAGGUCAGUGCUCGACAAGUGGAAAGCUAUAAAUGUAUCUCACGUGCCUUGGAACACUUACGCAAACGACAUAAUACCAGCGGAAAGUUACAUCCUUGCAACGGUGAACCAUCACAUAAGUUCGCUCUCGGAAUACGGAUCAUUUUCUAUAAAUCCCUCGCUGAAAAAUCUCCUCUAUUCGCUUGUGGCGUUUAUGCUCGAAUACGUGACACCGACGACCGCUCCCGAAAAUUCAGAAAUUCGUGCACAAGCCAUAGAAAUUCUGAUUCCCCUGACGAUGGACGCUCGAACUGAUUAUCUUCAAGAACUGGCCUCCAAGACGCUUGGCAAACUGAUCGGCGAUCCUGAGAGCGAGACGCGUCAGCUGCGGGAGCAUCUUUUCGUUCUUCACUACACGUACAACGUAAUCGUCGAUUAUACAACAAAUACCGAGGAUUCGAUAAAUGUCUCGGUAGACGAGAAAAUAUUGAAACAAUGCAUCAAGUAUUGGGAACAACUGUUGAAAAAGCCAGUCGGUUGCAAGGCUCUCGAUCAGUUUUUCGCACCGACGAGCAACCGAACACUCGUUUCGGUUCUCCUCUCCAUCGCUUCGCCCCAGGCUUCCCAGCAGUUCGGCACUCACGUUCUACAUUUCUUCAACAUGCUUUUCAAGACAGUUGAGAAAACGACCGAUGGAUCUCUUGACCGUCUCUGCAGCUCUGUUUCAAACCUGGCGAACGUCGAGCCAGAAAAACUGCAGCUUUGGUUGCGCCACGUCGUCCUCGGAGCUGGGGGUCUUUCGUCCAGUGUCUCACCAACGAACGCGCCGACACCGACGACCGCGAAGGACAACGCGCCGGCAACGGCCUCCGGAAGUUCCGAAGAAGUACCAAAAGCCGAAGAAUCCAACGGCCAGGCCUCGAACGAGCAGGGCCAAUGGCAAACUCUCCAUCUCGAUUCGGCAAGCACGAUUCAGCCUUCCAGCUCGAACGACGAUCACCAAUCGAUGCAAGAAAAUAAUCAACUUUUGAAAGCUCUGACGAAUUAUAUCGUCAAGUCAAACAGUAACGUCGGGGAGAACGUAUCCGUUACGAUUCUACAAGCUCUCGUGCCCCUCGGAUACCAUAUUUUAUCGCCCGCAAUCGAGGGCGCCGGUUUCCCUGAACUCAUGCAAGUCAUGUCAACCCUUGCUGACGCCGGAUCCGACAAAGGGCACGUGAUAUUAUUCAAAGCUGCGACCGAUUGGGUGGAACUUUGCAAACAGCAGCUUAUGAGCAAAGACGCGCAAAUCCUCGACAAACCAUUUUCUUACAUAGAAGCUGGCUGUUGCGUAUUGAAUUACAUCGCCGACAUAGUCACAGCUGUUUGUCCUCAACAAGUGCAGAUUCAGGACCGCGCGACCAGCCCGCCGUGGGAAGGUGCAACACCCAUAAACGACGUUAACGACAGUGAUUGGAUCGACGAGCUAGCUCACGACGACGACGAUAGUGCAGCGGAGGAUUCUGAUGAAGACAGCCUCAGCAACAAGCUCUGCACGUUCACGGUAACGCAAAAAGAAUUUACUAAUCAGCAUUGGUAUCAUUGUCACACUUGCAGCAUGGUCGAUGGGGCCGGAGUUUGCACAGUUUGUGCUCGCGUUUGUCACCGCGGCCACGAUGUAACUUACGCGAAAUAUGGAAAUUUCUUCUGCGAUUGCGGCUCCAAAGAGGACGGCUCUUGUCAGGCUCUUACGAAACGAAGUCCCCAGAGCUCGGAGCACCAAGCUCCGAAUUCUCAAGGUUACGGUGCCCCGGGUAGCGCAGAAAAUGCGAACGUCCCGAUGUCCAGCAGACUUCGUCGACGAGCGUCGAGCCCCGUUCACUUUCACGACAAGAUUGAACGAACUGGACGCGACAAGCAGAAGCAAGCUGCGCUCGCGAAGCAGCUCGAAGGUUCGCGCGACUGGGUCCUCUCGCAGUUGUGGUCCAGCGGCCUGGUGACUUCGCUCGUUAAAUUGACGAGGACUCUCUUGCCAGCGGUGAACAUAUCUUGCCAAAAAAAUUCCCCGGUUGGCUGUCACACCCGCGCGCAAAUAGCGUUGCGCCAGCUUCACUUUUUGGAUAAAAAAUUCGAGCACACCGAUCAGCUGAUGAUGUCAACUCUCGGCUCGCAAGAAGGAGCCUUUGAAAACGUGCGGAUGAACUACUCGGGCGAUCAGGGACAAACGAUUAGACAACUUUUGUCGGCUCACAUGAUUCGCCGCGUGGCGAUGUGCUGCCUUUCGUCUCCUCAUGGCAAGCGACAGCAUCUCGCGGUGUCGCACGAAAAAGGAAAAAUUACUGUGCUUCAAUUGAGCGCUCUUCUGAAACAGGCUGAUUCGUCGAAGCGGAAAUUAACUUUGACGAGAUUAGCUUCCGCUCCGAUUCCCUUCACCGUUUUAUCGAUCACUGGCAAUCCAUGGAACGAAGACUUUCUGGCUGUUUGCGGUCUCAAAGACUGUCACGUUUUGACCUUCAACAGCUCCGGUACCGUCUCCGAUCACUUGGUCUUACAUCCUCAACGCGAGCCUGGCAAUUUCAUCAUCAAAGCCAUGUGGCUCCCCGGCUCGCAAACUCAACUAGCUCUCGUCACUGCCGAUUUCGUUAAGAUUUACGAUCUCGCCAAAGACGCUCUGAGUCCUCAGUACUACUUCCUCGUUGCUCAGGGCAAAAUAAGGGAUUGUACUUUCGUCCACGCCGAAGACGGAGUUUUUCAUCUUCUGUUAAUGUCCUCAGCUGGAUACAUUUAUUGCCAAGCAAUGGACGAGGAGAGCCUCGCUAAACACGGAGCUUUUUACGUCACCACGACCCUCGAUGUUUUCCACCCUGAAAUCAAAGACAACGGACAAGUCGGCGGUGGUGGAGUCUCCAUUUAUUACUCUCACGCUCUCCAACUAUUGUUCUUCAGUUACGCAUGCGGCAAGAGCUUCAUUGCACCGUUGAAAAACAUGAACACAGAAAUUACCACAGUUUUCAUGAUUAAUCUCGCCAAUAACAAGUCAAACGGCAACAAAUCCAACAACAAUCAACCCCAACCACUCUGCCAGUGGAGCGAAGUCGCCAAUCAUCCCGGCUUAGUCUGCUCUGUUUUACAAACCAGCAACAAUCCUGUGAUUCUCAUGAUAAAGCCCGAUGUUAUGCUCAUUCAAGAAAUCAAAGUCGUUCCCAAAGCUAAAAUCAUGGAUAUGGUCGCGAUAAGACACUUGAGUCCCAACUCCGAACACCGCACCACUCUUAUUUUGCUCUGCGAAGAUGGCAGCCUCCGAAUUUAUAUGGCAGCGAUGGAACAAACAGGAUUUUGGAUGUCCUCGAGUGUCCAACCAAUCGGCACUAUGAGCGGAAUGAAACAAACGAGGAAGAAGAAAAUACCGAAAACUGGCAAACCAACCGGCUGCGUUUCCUUCCCCAUCGAUUUCUUCGAACACUGUCAAGUCAUGAACGACGUCGAAUUCGGCGGAAAUGAUCUUCUACAAAUUUACAACGUCGCUCAAAUAAAACAUCGCUUGAACACCACCGGAAUGUACGUCGUUUCCACCAAAGCCAUUGGCUUCAGUGUCGAAGUCGCUAACAACGACCCUACCCUCGUCAUGACCGGUAUUAGGGUGCAGCUCGGAAAUCAAGAUGCUCAAAGAGCUCCGCUGUACAUUGAAGUCUUUGGAAGAAGUAUCCGCACAACUUUGACUCGCAGUCGAUGGUUCGAUAUCCCAUUAACGAGAGAAGAAAGCUUACAGGCUGACAAAAAACUCACCAUCAGUUUUGGACUUUCACAAGAUCCCGAAGGUGUAAUUAUGGUCGAUUCGAUCAAAGUUUACGGAAAGACGAAAGAUGCAUUUGGAUGGCCAGAAGAACCCGAAGAAAUACCAGCGGGUCAAUCAACACCGGCACCUGCGACGGCCGGUUCGUCGGUGAACAAUGAAAAUGAAAGUACUCUAGUGUCGCCAGCUCCGCUCUCAUCGGUUGACAAACCAACGAAGGACUGUGUCAAUGUCGAGAGAAUGGUUUCGAGCAUCCUCGAGGUCCUGGAAUCUUCGUUUACUCUCUCUUCAAACGACGACAGUAAAGCUGCUUUAAAAAACACCGCGAUCGAAGUUGCGUCUGGUAUUUUGACGCUUCCCACACCGCCAUCGGUUCAAAUGCACACGACCGCACUUUUAGCUGCACUCCACAAUUCGAAAGUCGCGUAUCACUCUCACAAGGACCAAGUAUUGCUAACUCACGUCCUUGAUUCGCUGAAAGCUAUGAGGGAACUGAGCGACCCUCGAGAUAUAGACGCUGAAAACUUUUAUCGUCUCGUGCUCAUUGUACGGAGCAUUGCCAUCGUUAGGCCACACAAUCUUGCGAAAUUUGCGGAACAACAUUCCUCUAAAACCGUCGACGAAGCCAGUAUUCCCGUCUUCGAGAAGGACCGCAUGAGUUCGAGUCGAAUCGCCGACGACAUCAACGACCAUUUGGUCCUGCAAUUGAUGGAGGUUUUGUGGUCGCUUCACAAAGCGUAUCCGAAGAACAUGGCGUUGGCCCCGGUCGUAGUUCCAGGUUUGACCCACACUGAAGCUACGAUACAAGCGAUGGUUGAAAUCAUUCACGCUUUUACGGCUUGUGACGUCGAGAAUAAUACACCUCUCGCAGCGAAGUUGUACUUGCAACUUUUGUUGUGUUCCGACACCGCGGUCAGCUUUAGUGCGAAACAAGCCAUCAUUCGAGUUCUGCGACCACGAUUCAAACGAAGGCGAGUCUAUAUACCAAGUCCUCCGCAUUGCAGUACCCCAGGUGUAGCAGCUGAAUCUGAAGAAAAAUUGGAACCAGUGCCAGCUCCACUGGUUCCCGAACAACAAGAACAAGAAGAUCAGCACUUCGAUGUGGACGCUGUUGAGCCCAUGGUGUUACUGGGCGCUGAUGGAAAUCAAGCCGGCGCUGUCGCUCGAGUCCAACAUCCUCUCGAAGUUUUACUCCGUCCCGAGGUCGCGCCACAACUGCUCGAUUUACCACCCGACGCUGACGACGAAGCAAUGGUGCAGCUCGCUAUAGCUCUGAGUCUUCAGGAUCACGAGGGCGACGCAGAUCUCCAAGCGCUUCAGCAAGGCAUUCAGCAGGGCUUGGCCAACCUCCAGGGACUCAGAAACCUUGCCGGUCCCGCUGAGCCUUUACUACAUUAUCAAGGGUUGGAAGCUGAGAGAAUCCCUCGCGUACAGAACCCCGGAGUACCGGUACAAGAAGGAGCUGGUCACUAUUCCGACACGACUGCAUCGGCCGGCGGUUCGGACGACGAAGGCUCAACAGCAGCAACCGACGGAAGCACGUUGAGAACGUCGCCCGCCGAACAAGGUGGUAGUGGUGGUAGCAAAGGUAGCGAAAGCGGUGGGAGUGAUAGUGGAGGUAGCGCAGUUGACAGCAUUACUGGUGAGCAUAACGUUUCCGGAAGGAGUUCCGCCUACGGGUACAAUCCUCAGGACUCGAUACCGCAGGCCAGCACAAGCGGAGUUACUCAACCAUCCCGAUCUGAGACUAGUUCGUUGGGGGCCCCAACUACAUUUACCGUCACGGAGCAGGAUGAAUGUACGGAACAGGAGCAGGGAGUCGAGCAAGAAAGCGAAACUGUUGUGGAGAGUACAUCGAAGCUCCACUCGGUGCGACUGUUGUUGCUAGAACGAUUGAUGCAAUUCAUCCCAAAUUUGACAAACGUUUCGGGAGUAUUAUCGAUACCAUUCAUGCAAGUGGUGUUGAUGUUGACUUCGGACCUUGAUGGCCAAGAAGAAAGAGACCGUGCCUGCGUGGAGCGUUUGCUUCAUAUAUUGGUGAAAGAGCUUGAAAUGAAUAAGCCGGACACGACCGAUAUCUGCAAGCGAAACAACAAGAGAGAAGUUCAUUUGGUAAUAAUGCGUUUGUUGAGCGUGCACAUGUCGCGUUCGAAAUACAACACGAAAACGCAGGCAGACAAUCCGAAUUUCGUGUCGCAAACAACAGCUGGUAUAUUGAGUAAAGCCGGAGUAAUUGAGUAUUGCUUGACGCUGCUAAAGGCACUUUUGGAGUACUGGAAAACCACGACGACCGAAGAUUCGAGCAACGUUAUAGGCGGUGAAUUGCUGAAGGAACAUUUGACAACGUCGCCACCGGACAUGUCGCCAUUUUUCCUGAGGCAAUACGUCAAAGGACACGCAAGUGAUGUCUUCGAGCCUUAUCCACAGCUCCUCACGGAAAUGGCCUUACGUUUUACUUACCAAGUGCACAAAUACGCGGAAAGCAGCGCGAUCCAACCGUCCUUCGAUCAGCAAGCCUGGUACUUUUACCUUUGCGAAUACAUGAUGCUUUAUCAAACACCGUUCGUCAGACGCCAAGUUCGAAAACUUUUACAAUUCAUCUGUGGCAACCGGGAAAAAUAUCGACAGCUCCGAGACCUUCACGCUCUCGUCUCGCACGUACAAUCCGUGCGAAAAUGUUGCAACACCGGAGGUUACGAUCCAAUGCAAUCUCUUCAUCACGCUAUAAAUCUCCCUUAUGAUUCUCUCGUUGAACUCAUCGAGCAUCUGAAAUCGUGCGUCGAAGUAGCGACUUGUCGCACGGGAAAUUGGCAGCGGUUUUGCUUGAAACAAAACACCGUGCUUUCGUAUCUCUUCACGAUUUCAACGCUCAUCGACGAAGGCGUGAGUCCGACAGUAUUACAGCUGCUUCAAUGCGCCAUUUGCUCCAGCACCAAGAGCAAAGAUUCUAAGGUGAAAGAGUCGAAAACAUCGGCAAACGUGAAAGAGCGACGGGAUCGAGAAAAAUCUGAAGAUUCUGAUAUCGAGGCUAAAUUCGAAGAGGCUCAAUGCGUUACCUUGGUCGAACAAAUACAGAAACAAGUCUCGCCUGCUUUGCUGACGAAAUUCAUCAAAACUUUCUUGCUCGAGACCAACAACACGAACGUACGCUGGCAAGCCCAUUCUCUCGUAUUAGCAAUUUACAAAAACUGCACGCCCAUCGAUCAGGAAGCGUUGUUGGAUCUCUUGUGGCGAUUGUGGCCUUUGCUCCCCGUAUACGGACGGAAAGCUGCACAAUUUGUUGAUCUGCUCGGCUACUUUUCUCUGAAAACACCACACACUGGAAAGAAAAUGCAUACUUACAUGGAGCAAGCGGUGGCUGUGUUACACGCUCAAAAUCAAUUGCUCGCUCGACAUCCGAACGCGAAUCUUUACGCAAAUUUGGCCCAGUUCGUUGAGCUCGAUGGCUAUUACCUCGAAAGCGAGCCUUGCCUCGUAUGCAACAAUCCCGAAGUUCCCAUGGCAACGAUAAAACUUUCAUCGAUCAAAGUAGAUUCGAAAUUCACAACAACCACUCAAAUAGUGAAACUCGUUUCGAGCCACACGAUAAGCCGAAUUAUUCUGCGCAUCGGUGAUCUCAAACGAACGAAAAUGGUACGCACGAUCAACGUCUUUUACAACAAUCGUUCUGUCCAAGCGGUCGUCGAAUUGAAGAACAAACCGGCUCUCUGGCACAAAGCGAAGAAAAUCACUCUGGCCCAGGGUCAGACGGAGGUAAAAAUGGAGUUUCCCCUGCCCAUCGUCGCCUGCAAUCUCAUGAUCGAAUACGCCGAUUUCUAUGAAAAUAUUCAAGCCUCCUCGGAGACUUUGCAAUGUCCACGUUGCUCGGCGAGUGUCCCAGCGACUCCUGGUGUCUGCGCGAAUUGUGGGGAGAAUGUUUUCCAGUGUCACAAAUGUCGAGCAAUCAAUUACGACGAGAAAGAUCCUUUCUUGUGUCACGCUUGUGGUUUUUGCAAAUACGCUAAAUUCGAUUACACUUUAACAGGCCGACCGUGUUGCGCCGUUGAUCCUAUAGAAAACGACGAGGAUCGUAAAAAAACGGUAGCAACGAUAAACACUUGGCUGGAGAAAGCUGACCGAGUUUACAAAACUUUGAUAUCGAAUAAGCCAACGCUGGAGAUGUUGCUCAUCAAAAUAUCGGAGCAUCGUUUGGAUCGCGGGCUCGACGAUGGCGUCCAAGUGUCCGGAAGCACGCAGGUAAAUCGGGCGAUACAGCUGCUCGCACAGAGAUAUUGCAACGAGUGCAAAACCUCGUUCGAAGAGCUGAGCAAAAUAAUUCAACGUGUUUUGGCCUGGCGACGCGAGCUCGUUGCUUACGACAGAAAUCAACGGGGCCAGGGCACCAUUCACGUGGGCGCUUCGACCAGCGAUAAAAGCCAAAAGGAAGAAACAAUCGUUCCACUUCCGGGUCGGUGUUACGGCUGCGCAUCAUCAGCCACCGAGCAUUGUCUCACUCUCCUUCGAGCUCUUGCGACGAAUACAGCGGCGCGUGAGGUCCUCUGCAAACAAGGUUUGAUCUCGGAACUCGUCGAGCACAAUUUGAGAAAAGGAACUGUCCAGGUUCAGGAAGAAGUGAGACAAUUGUUGUGUCUCGUAACCAGGGACAAUCAACAAUCAACGAAAGAACUUUGCACUCUAUUGAUGAACAGAGUGACGAUGACGCUUCGUGGAAGGGUCGCUACCUCCGAUCUCGCUAUGGCCGUUAGACACGAAAUGGCACUUUUGGCCGCUCUCGUACAGAAGGAAGACGCCUGCUGGGAACAAAAGCUCCGUUGUGUCAUGCAGCUAUUCCUCAUGGCUUGCAAAGACUCCAAGAGCCCCGUCGUUAUGGAGAGUUUGAUAUUGCCCUGCUUGAAAAUACUUCAAGGCUUGAUAAAACCCGAUCAACCUUCGUCGAAGAAGAACAAGGACAAGAGCAUCGAGACCCUCGCGACGAUACAACCUCCCGAAGGCGUCAGCAUCGAUGUCGCCAAGUGGCUGAGCAGCGAUCCGAAACACUCGUAUUCCGAGUGGAUACAGCGCAUGCCGGCUAAAAAGUCUUCACCGCCGCCAAGUAAACCGUUGAAAAAGGAGGAAGCUCGUGUUUUGUAUUUGAUGGAAAAAUACGGACAUCGGUGGCACAAUCGGUGCAUGAGAUUGCGAGUUAUUCAAAUACUCAAACUGGCCGAUGGAGCUUGGCUGAAAGAAGUUCUCUUCAAUCCGAGCUCACGACUAGCGCGACAAGUCGCCUGCAACAUGGUCGAAAGCCUGUGUCAGGGAACCGAGCGUAAAAAAGAAGUUCUCGUACUUCUCACCGGCUAUUUGGAACAACUGAGAAGCGCGGGUGAAAGCAGCGCGGAAUUUUUGGCCCUCUAUCAAAGCCUCAUACGUCAACCACCGUGGAAACAAUUUUUAGCUGUACGUGGCGUUAUGACCUUGUUGGCUGAUUUGUUGAUACGAGAAAUCGAGGAACUCCAUCGAUUGGAAGAAACCACCUUGACGAGCGACCUCGCGCAGGGCUACUCCCUCAAAAUGCUCACAGAACUUCUGGCAACGUUCCUCGAACAGGAGAACAUAAAACAACAGUACAAAGGUCGACUUGUAGGAGCCGUUCUCAACGGUUAUCUUUCCCUCAGAAGAUUGGUCGUUCAACGUACACGCUUGAUCGACGAUACACAAGAAAAAUUGCUCGAACUCCUGGAGGAAAUGACUUCUGGCACCGAGGAAGAGACCAAAGCUUUCAUGGCCGUAUGCGUAGAAACCGUACAAAAGUACAGUCCCCAGGAUGUCAGAACACCGGUCUUCGUGUUCGAGAGGCUCUGCUCCAUCAUUUAUCCCGAGGAAAAUGACGUCGGAGAGUUUUUCCUCACCCUGGAGAAAGAUCCCCAGCAGGAAGACUUUUUGCAAGGGCGAAUGUUGGGCAAUCCUUACAGCAGUUUGGAGCCGGGGCUCGGGCCUCUGAUGCGGGACGUCAAGAACAAAAUAUGUCAGGAUUGCGAGCUCGUAGCUCUCCUCGAAGACGACAACGGAAUGGAACUUUUAGUCAACAACAAAAUCAUCAGUCUCGAUCUUCCGGUUAAGGAGGUAUACAAGAAAAUUUGGGUCCUCGAGGGAGGCGAGUGCGACGCGAUGAGAGUCGUCUACCGUAUGCGAGGCUUGCUCGGCGAUGCGACCGAAGAAUUUGUCGAAACUCUCAACGCCGCGAGCGAACAAGAAGUCAACAACGAGGAGGUUUAUAAAAUGGCUAAUGUACUUGCCGAAUGCGGAGGACUUCAAGUGAUGCUCGAUCGAUUGGCCGCCAUACAGGACGUCGGCAGAGCAAAACCGUUGCUUCAAGUUUUACUCAAAUUGUUCCGGCUCUCGGUUAAAGUCAAGAAAAAUCAACAAGUUCUCAGCAGACCCGAACUCGGAGCCGUUACCGUUUUGCUCGACGUUCUUCAGCGAUGCCUUGCCACCGAGCCCGACAAUACACAAGCUAAAGUUACCGAACAACUGUUGGACAUCAUGGAAACGAUACUGUCCAAUGCCACCUCUCAAUCUCUCGAAUCAUUCGAAGAAUUCUCGAGGACACUCGGUGGCCCGGAACACGUUAAAGCACUUUUGUCCUGCACACAAUCCGCCGCUGUUCGACAGAGCAACGGGGUUUUGGUACAUCUCGCACGAGUCGUCGCUGCUCUCACUUAUGGAAAUCAAGAAAAAAUGGCCCUCCUCUGCGACUACUUCAAACCUGUUUUGAAUUUUUAUAAAUUUGAUUUUGAACACACGCCCGAAGAUGAACAGAAACUUGAACUCUUUUGUAUACUGACUCAAGGCAUUGAGAGAAAUGCAAUUGGAAAUACCCUCAAGGAUCAUAUUAUUGAUAUGAAUAUCGUUAAGGACGCCUUCGAAUAUAUAACGGUUCACGCGCCCUGCGUCAAGCCAACUUUGCUCAGAACCGAUAGCGACGAGCUUAAAGAAUUCAUCUCGAAACCCGCUCUCAAAUAUAUCCUGCGAUUCCUCACUGGACUGGCGACCGAUCAUGAACUUACCCAACUCGCUGUCUCUCAAGUCACCAUCAGCAUUAUUCACCGACUUGAGCAAGUUUCCUCGGACGAGCACGUUGGUUCCUUAGCCGAAAAUUUACUAGAAGCACUCUGCACGAACAAGCAAGUCGCUGAAUUGAUCGAAGAAGCUCGUCAGCAUACGCGUAGCGAAAAGAAGCGACUGGCUAUGGCCAUGCGAGAACGUCAAUUAGGAGCACUGGGUAUGAGAACCAAUGACAAAGGUCAAGUCACGGCCAGCGGUACCAUUCUGCAACAGAUGGAAGAUCUCGGCGAUGAAUCAGGCUUGGUUUGCGUCAUUUGUCGGGAGGGAUACAAAUUCAAACCCAGUAUGGUUUUAGGUAUUUACACUUUUACAAAACGCUGCAACGUUGAGGAGUUCGAGACAAAGCAAAGAAAAACAGUGGGGUACACAACUGUGACACAUUUUAACGUCGUUCACGUUGACUGUCACAUGUCAGCGGUCCGUUUAGCACGCGCCCGCGACGAAUGGGAGAGCGCAGCUCUGCAAAACGCGAAUACGAAAUGCAACGGACUUUUACCACUGUGGGGGCCGCAAGUACCGGAAUCAACGUUUGCGAGCUGCCUCGUACGACACAACACAUAUUUGCAAGAGUGCACCGGCCAUCGAGACAUCUCGUAUUCCUCCACCAUACACGAUCUUAAACUCUUGCUUCUGCGAUUCGCACAGGAGAAGAACUUCCACGAUGAUACUGGUGGCGGUGGACCUCAGUCAAAUAUGCACAUGAUUCCUUAUCUUAUACACAUGGCACUUUACGUUAUCAAUACCACCAGAUCAGCAGCUCGGGAAGAAAAACAACUUUUGAGCUACCUGGAGGCACCUCCAUCUUCGGCAUGGCUGGACAGUUGUUACGAAGCGGAUGGUCCUUUCUAUCAAUGUACACUUUCGCUUCUAUUGCUAACUCCAGCACAAUGGAGCCAACUGAGACUAGCACAUUUACGUAGGCUGAUCGUACUAGCUCAUCAACGUUACGUAUCGCCUUCGGCAUCCUCGAAAACUCUAACUGACGUUACAGUCAAGGAUUAUUCAGUCUACAAGAGCGCCUUAGUAUUCUUCGGUCUCAUCGAUUGCAUUUAUCAACAUUUUUUCAAGAAAGUAAUCGUUUUGUCCGAUGAUCAAUGGCCAACGAUUUUGGCCGAAUACAUUCGACACAACGAUGAGGCAAUGCUUAAGGCGUCGGAGCGCGUGCUAGCGUCGUACCGAGAUGAACUCUUGCCUUGUGUAUUUUUCGAGGAAUAUUUCGACGUCGUGGGUCUUUUCGGCGAUGUUCGUCUGGACCCAGAGGCGUACAUAAGUGAGCUUUUGCAGAGUCUCGCUUGAGUACGAAGGAAGAAGAAAAAGAAACAAGAUUUCUGUCACGUACGAUUAGUAUGAAAGUGAUUUUAAAUCAGGAGUCUGCCGCUGCGUAAUUACGAUUCACCUACUCUUUCUUUCCGCGUAUUAUUUACAUGUUUCGUUGCAAAACUUUAUGUAUAAAAAAAAAACAUAAAAAUCUUACGGUGUAUCGCUUUCUUGUUUGUGCAUAUAAAUAGCGAUAAAAAAACAAACAAAAAAAAACAAAUUUAUGCUUUAACAAAAAUGAUAAAAACAAUACAAAUAUUUAUUCGAUUAUAAUAAAAUGUUUGCAAAUGUUAAUACGCGAA